GUACCACGGCGCGCAGACAGGAAGUGAUGCACAGAAGCGGGUAACGGGUUUUUUUUUUUGGCAAGGUGGCAGCGGCGUGGCUUGUGUGGCUUCCAUUGUCGCUGGUUGGCUCUGCCCGGGCAAUUGCGUGAUCAGAGCCCGCGUCUGCAGCACCGGCUGGGCGUCAGCUCUUCAUUCUGUUGACUUUUAUCGUUGAUUCCAAAGGGGCAACGCAGAGCAGCACAGCGUCAAUCAGUUGACUUUCUGCUUCCAGGAGUUGGCCGCCGAUGACAAGCGGCACCGUUUCGGCCCGUCUCCCGCUCUGCCCGCCCCCGCCGACGGUGGCCCGGACUCCCCAUCCCCUAGAUGGCGGCCAUAUUGGCCGGGUGGUCGUCGGCAGCCAGGUAUCCCGGAAGUGACGCGUCUCACCCCGGAAGGCGGAGGGGGGGCCGCAGAGAGCAAGAUGGCAGCGAAAUCUGAUGGUGUGGGGGUCGUUACCGGUUUCGCCCAGCUGCACAACCUGGACGAGACGGUGGGGAACGGAGAAGGGGAGCCGGGGGAGAGCAGCUCCAUCCACAUUUGCCACUGCUGCAACACGUCGUCAUGCUACUGGGGCUGCAGGAGCGCUUGCCUCCGCUCUCUCCUGGGGACGGCGAAGGGGCGAGAAGCCCGGCGGUCGCUACCGCAGGAGGAGCGCCUCUGGCUCGAUUGUCUGUGGAUCGUCCUGGCGCUUCUGGUCUUCUUCUGGGACGUGGGCACCGACCUGUGGCUGGCCGUGGACUACUACACCAAACGGGACUACCUGUGGUUCGGACUGACCCUGUUCUUCGUGCUCGUGCCCUCGGUGCUGGUGCAGAUCCUGAGCUUCAGGUGGUUCGUGCAGGACUACACAGGGGGUGGACUUGGGGCCGUGGAGGGGCUCAGUCGAAGAGCCCCUGCUGCCAUGGGAGUAGCUGGCCGCCGUGCUGGUGGGGAUAGGUGCUGUCGACUGUCGGUGUGGAUUUGGCAGUCAGUCAUUCACAUCCUGCAGAUGGGGCAAGUCUGGAGGUAUAUUCGCACGAUGUACCUUGGAAUCCAGAGCCGGCGGCAAAAAGAACACCAGCGCCGCUUCUACUGGGCCAUGAUGUACGAGUAUGCAGAUGUCAACAUGCUGCGCCUCCUGGAAACCUUCUUGGAGAGCGCCCCUCAACUGGUGCUACAACUCUGCAUAAUGAUCCAAAAGAACAGGGCCGAAACUCUACCGUGCCUGUGCUCCUUGGCCUCCCUGCUCUCCCUCGCCUGGGUGCUAGCGUCGUACCACAAGCUCCUGAGAGACUCACGGGACGACAAGAAAAGUAUGAGCUACCGGGGAGCUUUAAUCCACAUUUUUUGGCGCCUGUUCACCAUCUCCUCCAGGGUGCUUUCCUUUGCUCUGUUUGCCUCUAUCUUCCAACUGUAUUUUGGGAUCUUCGUGGUGGUCCACUGGUGCGUAAUGGCCUUCUGGAUUGUCCACGGGGGCACAGAUUUCUGCAUGUCCAAGUGGGAGGAGGUCCUCUUCAAUAUGGUGGUGGGUAUCGUUUAUAUCUUUUGCUGGUUCAACGUCAAGGAAGGCAGGACCCGAUACCGCAUGGUAGCUUACUAUGCGGUGGUGCUCACAGAGAACGCUGCCUUGACGUUUCUGUGGUAUUUCUACAGGGAUCCCGAUGCCACCGACUCUUAUGCAGUGCCCGCCCUCUGCGGCGUGUUUCUUAGCUUUGCCACAGGAGUGGUUUUCAUGCUUCUCUAUUAUGGUGUUCUUCACCCUAUGGGCCCCCGAGCCAGGAUCCUGGCCAGCUCCUGUUGCGCUGAGCUGCUGUGGGGACUACCUUUGCCUCCAGAGGCCGAGCCUAUGGCUUCCACCCCGGGGCCAAGGGGUUCCCAAGCUACCCCUACUAGAGGGGGCUCCACUGGGGAUCAGCAGCAACAACAAGAGGAUCUUACAGCCGAAACCUGCCUGCCCGUUUUCCAGGUGAGACCAACGGUGCCAACCACCCCUAUGGGAAGACCCUACCACCCCGAGGGUCCCCUCAUUAAGAUCGACAUGCCAAGGAAAAGGUACCCAGCCUGGGACGCUCACUUUGUAGACCGCAGGCUGAGAAGGACUAUUAACAUCCUGCAGUACAUCACCCCCAAUGCGGUAGGGAUAAGGUACAGGGAUGGACCUCUGCUCUAUGAGCUCCUCCAGUACGAGUCAUCGCUUUGA